AUGUCCUACCUGGUCACAACUGAGGCUCUAGUCUGCCUAGUGUCUCCUAACCAUACAAAACUGAGGCUAGUCAGACUAGAGCUGGCCUACCUAGUCACAACUGAGGGUAUAGUCUGGCUAGAUCUGUCCUACCUACUCCCAACCAAGGCUCUAUUAGUGGGAACAUUCUUUGGACCCAGGAAGGAGGUUCCACAAAAGUUAGACCUGACACUUUUCUUCACGCACCAGACACAAACUGAAGGCACCAAGAGGAGCCCCGAAACCAUCCGUAUGUGCGUAGGCCCUGGUUGCCUUGUCCUGGCCCGGGUGCUGCCGGCCAUGAAGGGUCCGAGCGCUGCAGAGAACCGCCACCUUCUCGGCCUCCUGGAAGCGGCACUGGUUCGGGAGGCCCGCCUGUGGAAGGUCCCCAUCUUCAAGGGCGGAUGCAUUCAGGGUGCGGACAUCUCGUCAUCCCAGCACCAAGACAUGAUAGUCUGGCUGGGGGACAUGAACAGACGCUUCCAGUUCUGUCCAGAGACCUUCGCUUUGGGAGUGUGUGUCCUCAACAGGCUGCUGGCCACCGUCAAGGCCCAACCAAAAUACCUAAAAUGCAUCGCUUUUACCUCACUGGUCCUGGCAGGAAAAAUCAACGAGGAAGACGAGGUGUUGGGUUCGGUUAGCGCCCUGGUUGCCGAGAGCGGAUGCAACUUUUCAACGGCGGAGAUAGUUCGCAUGGAGCGGAUCAUUCUGGACAAGCUGCAAUGGGACUUGUACACCGCCACGCCCGUCGAUUUCAUUCACAUUGUAAGUUUUUUUUUUGUUUGUUUGUUUUUAAGACAAAAACAGUUUGACUCUUCAGGCAAGAUAAUGGUUGCAUAACAGGCCAAGGCACUUUUGACCGACCCGUCCCCAUCCUCGUGAAAGCAUACACCGGUUUGUUUUAUUUUGUAUGUCCAGAAGAUUCCGACACAGUCCCCCCCCCCAUCCCCCCUUUUUCAAAUCGCAUCGGACUUUGAUUGUUUAAACAGAUUUACCUGGCCAGGAAAUGCACUGAUCAGCUUUGUGUAAUCUCGCCGCGCAGCCGCAAGAGUCGCUAAUCCCAAUCACCAACCGUCAUUCCUUUCCUAAAAGUGCUGAGAUCCGUUCAUAAAGCCACAACCCAUAAAAAUGACCCUUUUUCCCUCCCACCCCCAUUUCCUGGAUUAGACUAAUGCCCCUUUUCCACUGCACGGCACCUACUCGCCUGCUCCGUAGUCUCCACUUGGAUGCCAUUUGACUUGUCAACGAAACGAGGCGGGUACUGUGCUGUGGAAAAGCAGCAUCAUAUUAUUGAGGCAUGUGUGCAGUCGCCAUUGUGAACCGACCCCCCCUCACCAAAACUUGGGUAUUACAAAGACUUGAAUAUAAAGAGACGCAAUAGAACAGUAAAAAAAAUAAUAAGAAUAAUAAAAAAUAAAGACAUUUUCCUUUUUUUCUUAUAUAUUCUGUUUAAAUAAAUAUCUCCAAAUAAAUACUCUUGACUGAGACUGAACAAUUAUCUUUACCUAAAUAUCCCACCCCCCAUAAUAAUUUGUCACAGACACAUCACCAUGACAACAAUAAGAUGCUUUACCAUACCAGCCGACUUGAAAAGGUAGAUUCAGUCCCAAAAUUCCCUUUAAGAAUUUUUUUUUAUAUAGAAUAGAUCUAAAUUCCACUCAAAAGUGGACAUGGCUCAUUGUUGCUAUGGACACAAACAAACUCCGAAAGAUACUUGAGAAAGGUGAUGUUUUCCCUACCAAAAUAUCCGGAAUAUUUAGGUACCAUGGAGAGUAUCUUUUGUUACCUCUGGGUUCCGACUCAGGUGUGUUGUGAUGGUUCCGAAUGGGAGCACAGAAGAGCACCGCACAUACAACACAAUACAAACAUGGUG